AUGCCGCCCGCCUUCGCCCUGGGUGGGCCUCCCCGGGCACUCCCAAUCCCCAUCCUUGCUCCCGCCCACAUGCGAGCGUUGGCAAAUGGCCCAGUACAUGGCCGCCGAUCCCCUCCCGUGUCUGCCGCCCUGGCGCAGUGGGCCACCGGGAGGGGGGUCGAGUACAGCGUGCGCCCAGCCCAGGGCCACGAAGUCUGGCCGGCCGCCGAUCUCCACUGCUCGGCCUUCUACCCGCGCGGGGUACCCGACUUUUUGGUUGGCCCGCUGCUGAGGCUUGACCGCGUGAUCUCGAUCAUCGCGGGGCAACAGUACGAGGCAUCAGGGCGGGGGAGGUUCGCGUGCCUGGUGGCGGCAGAGGAGGGCGGCGGCUGGGAGGCGGAGGGGGAUGCGGCGGCGGGCAGUGAAGGGGGUUGGGGAAAGUCGGUGUUGGGUGCGGCCUUCCCGGAAGGCGUGCGGCAGGGGCUGGGCGUGCCGCACGAGAGGCAGGGCGUUCUGGGGGUGGCGGUCGUGGAUACGCUGGGCCAGCACCUGCCUAGCGUGCCGCGCGUCGUGGACGGCAGGACCACAUGGCAGAAGAUGCAGGGCGUGGCGUACAUCAGCAACCUGGCGGUGUCGCCCGCCGCCCGGCGCCAGGGCGUGGGCAAGGCGCUGGUGGUCGCGGCGGAGGCUGCUGCGCGAGAAUGGGGCUGCCACAUCGCGGCGCUGCACUGCGAUCCAGCCAAUGAGGGGGCAUCUGGGCUGUAUGCGGGGUUUGGCUACUCGCACCCGGAUGGGGUCGAGGGCUGCGAGGAGUUCGUGGGGUCAGGCCUCAAGCGCACCUGCCAGCUGCUCGUGAGGCCCCUGGGGUAG